AUGGGUUGUAAUCGAUCCAGAAUUUAUCAUGACAAUGAAGUGGGUAUCGAUCACAAAGACCUUGCAUUAACAACAUUUGAAAUGCAGAAGGCUGACAUUAUCCAUGAUUUGGAUACGGAUAAUGACCAGAACGGAAGAGUAGCAGUAGACUGCAUUUUCAGGCCUACCCGAGAAAUUUAUGGACAACGAGCCAUAGAUAUGGCAGAAGAACUAAUCGUGUGGUCAAAAUACGGGAUAAAAUUUCGAAAACGACCAUUCCCGCAUGACUUCCCAGCAUUUGCACAUGAAAAGCCAGCAGUUGAAUUAGCCCAACUGAGUCGGCUCCGUCUUUCAACCGAACGGCAAAAAACAGUACAAAAUCCUGAAUUUGAAAAAAUGCGAGAAAUAGGAGAAAAUGGAACUACUGAAGAUGCUGUAGUGAAGAAUUAG